AUGAAUGAUGCAUCGACCAUGGAGUAUGAACUCCUCUCCCCCUCCUUGGUGGAGCACCCAGCCAGCUCUGCAGGCAUGGAUGCCGAGCAGAAAACCGUCUUUGCCUUCGUCAUCUUCCUCCUGGUCUUCUUGGUGAUGCUGAUGGUUCGCUGCUUCCGCAUCCUGCUGGACCCCUACAGCCGCAUGCCUGCCUCCUCCUGGACUGACCACAAGGAGGGCCUGGAGAGGGGCCAGUUUGACUACGCCUUGGUGUAG